AUGUCUGAGCUCAUGCCUGACUUGACAGUGAACGAGGCGGAGUACAGGGGAUUGCUGCUGUGUUUCGCUCUCCUCUCGACUCAAGCCAGGGGGCGAGUCGUGUUCUGGGGCGACUCUGAGCCUGUUGGUGGCGAGCUUCGACGGAUCGGCACGAGUGAAGCCGCGAUCCUUUGGAAGCUCCCCGAGUGGACGAUCCUCGAGGCGAUGUCUGAACACAUGCCGAACUUGACCGUAAACGAGGCAGAGUACAGGGGAUUGCUGCUAUGUUUCGAUCUCCUCUCGACUCAAGCCCGGGGGCGAGUCGUGUUCUGUGGCGAUUCCAACUUGGUGAUCCGCCAGAUGAGAGGCGAGAUCGAUUGUAAGGCGCCAGGCCUUCAGCUGUUACGCCAGAAGGCGUUGAACCAGCUGCGAUCUUGGCCGAAGCACGAAUUUCGAGACGGGAAUCAAAGCGCCGACAAGCUCGCCAGUGCUGCCUUGCAACGCGAAGAAGGCGAGAUCGUGACAGCCGAGGGAGAACGGCAGGACUUGAUCACGCUGAACAGAUUGCACGAGAUACUGCAACCGAAGUCGACCCGAUCAGUGACUCGUGUGAACGCGAUCACUCGAUCUGCAGUAAAUCGAUCUUCGCCAGCAGCAGCGAUGGAUGAAUCUAUU